GUUGAUCGUGGAACCACUGGUUGAACUUUUCACCAGACCAUCGAAACACGGCAGAAAUGCAGGAUUGAUGUUUUCUACGAUACAAACACGGUGACGUUUUAGCGCAGAACCUUGAACUAGCACGCUUGAAGAACUGUCGCCGGAAACUAAAUUUGUGCUUUGAUCGGAAACGCAAGGGCAUAAAAGUACGCCUUGUGCCUUGCGUACACAAAUCAAAGACUUGGUGUGAAGGAGACUCAGUGCUGUCGUAGAGACAUGCUAGACCGGCGCUUCUUGAUCUUGUACGGAAGCCAGACGGGCACCGCUCAAGACGUGGCUGAAAGAAUCGGCAGAAAAGCGAGGCGGUACAUGUUUCGCGUGACAGUCCUGGCCAUGGACGAUUAUCCUCUAACGGAGCUAAUCAAGGAAAAAUUAGUUCUGUUCGUGUGCGCUACCACGGGACAAGGCGAGGAACCCGAUAAUAUGAAGCAUUUUUGGUCGUUCCUAUUGCGAAAAAGCCUACCUCCACACUCACUGAGCACAAUUAGUCAUUCUGUAGUUGGCCUGGGAGACUCCUCUUACUUGAAGUUCAACUUCGCCGCAAAACGUCUGCAUAGACGCCUGGUCCAGCUAGGUGCCCACUGCCUGCACGAACCCCUGUACGCUGAUGAGCAGCAUGAACUGGGAACUGAUGGAAUGAUCGAUCCGUGGCUGGAAGGAUUCUGGAAGAUCGUUAUGGCCUUGUAUCCCCUUCCUCCUGGAUGCCUGCCUCUCAGCGAGGACCUCUUGCCAGCGCCUAAGUACAACGUUGUAUGUGACACGAGUUGUGCAGAUCAGUAUGUAAAUACCAGCUGCCAGCCUGACAUUGUUCGGGAAAAGCUGUUUCAUGCCACUGUGGUCUCAAAUGAGCGAGUCACCAGUGCUGAACACUUUCAGGACGUGCGACUCAUUAAACUUGACAUUCAAGGUUCUCAGAUCACAUUCCAGCCCGGUGAUGUGGUCGUAGUCUACCCGGAGAACUGUGAAGAGGACACCGAUGAGUUUUUCAGACUAUUCAGCAACUACAAACCCGCCACGUAUUUGACACUUGCACCAACUGAAGAGGGCACGUCAUUGCCGCAUUGUUUGUCAAAACAAGUCUCACUCAUUCAAUGUGUUCAAAAGUAUUUUGACCUCACAAGCAUCCCAAAGAGGUCCUUCUUUGAACUCUUUUGGCACUUUAGUGAAGACACACUCGAGAAGGAGCGCCUCCGGGAGUUUAGCACGACCACUGGCCAAGAGGACCUCGUGGACUACGUCAUUCGUCCUCGGCGAACUGUACUGGAGGUGUUUGCAGACUUCCCUCACACCACGGCAAAUGUGCCACUAGCGUACCUCUUUGAUUUGAUUCCACCGAUCCGCCCACGCUCGUUUUCUAUUGCCAACUCGCUGCUUUGCCACCCGGGGCAGAUCCACAUUCUGGCGGCCAUUGUGAACUUCCGCACCAAGCUGAAGAAGCCACGCAGGGGUCUUUGCACCACUUUCCUAGCCAGCCUUGAUCCCUGCAGUCGGCCAAGUGUAAUAAUCGGCACGAAGAAUGGCAGCCUUCGGAUGCCCCCUGAUGGUGCCCCUGCCAUCAUGGUGGGACCGGGCACUGGUUGUGCCCCAUUCCAUGGAAUGAUCCAGGACCGUGCCCAUAGAGGAAUUGGCGAGAACCUUCUCUUUUUCGGCUCUCGUAAUGAGAAGGGGGACUUCUUCUUCAGGAAGGAAUGGACCCAGCUUGUGGAGGAAGGCCUGCUUGACCUGGUGACAGCCUUCUCUCGUGACCAGGAGCACAAAAUAUACGUUCAGCAUCGUAUCGCCGAGCACAAGGACAAGGUUAUAAAAUUGCUGCGCAAUGGUGGAGUCGUGUACAUCGCUGGCAAUGCAAAAGACAUGGUGCCCAGUGUGCGUGAUGCAAUAAAAGCUGCACUCAAGUCGGACUUUCACCAUGACAGAGAUGCUGAGGAACUGCUGAAAGACCUUGAAAAGUCGAGACGACUCCAGAUAGAAGCCUGGUCUUAGCAUUCUUUCAAUGCACAGGUGUGUGACUGCCGCAGGAGUGCAAACAGGAGUGUCGACUAAAGCAUCUUGCACUACCUUUUCUUUCUUGUCCAAAGGGAGCGCUGAUGGAAUGCGCAUGCAUAAUUUGCUCUCCUCCCCGCCUACUUGCGUACUGCCACAUUUGUGCGCAAGUAUGUUCUAAUCAUCAGAACCAAUCAUCAGUAAUCAAAAGAAGCACUCGUGUUGUGCUGAAGCGAUGUUAUGGCAAACUGUAUAAAUGUUGACUCUGUCCACUGUUUGCACAUUGCUAUAAGAGACAUAAGCAUUGUACCAUAUUGUAUGUGCCCAAUAUUUUGUGUCAAAAUUAUGACUUGUUUAAAUGGCAGCAGUAAAUAAAAAUGAGCCAUUCACACAACAUUUAGUUCCACUUGCAGCAGUGUUCAUGAGAAACUUGCAUUAUUUUAUGCUUGGAAUCAGGCAUGAUAUUUAAAUAUGAGUUACCAUGGUCUGUGCUGUCAUUGGCCAGUAUUCUGCAAACGUGCAGUCAGUGACAACCUAAAAAUGCCGUGGCAAGUAGACUGCUGCUUAAAGGGACACUAAAGAGCAAAACAAUUUUUCUCGCAUUAGUAAAGUAGUCUUCCACGAUACCAAAAACACCACGCUUUCUGCGCGAAGACGCUUAAUAAGCGAAAAAACGCGCAAAAAGAAAAUACAGGUGGCGACGCCACCUUGAAAUUCCCGCACCAUUUGCCGUGACGUCACAUAUUUUUGACGGCGCCUGCUUGGGCCUGCGUAGUUCCUAAUCGGUUAAAUCGAAGUACAUUGUCCUCUGAGGGGGUCAGAGACUUGACAUAACGAGUUUGUGGAAAUUUCGUCGAGCCAGUGGCGCCAAAAUACGUUAAAAGCUCUUUGAAGUCUUUUACGUCACGAAUUACAAAGUUCACCGUGAAAUUUAAAAAUGAAACUUUGAACUUGGUUUUCUCCUCUAAUAAUAAACCUAUGGUGGUGAAAUAAACUACACAAGAGUUCUCCGAGCACACUUUAUCAAUCUAAACCAAUUCAUUGUUUCUCUUUAGUGUCCCUUUAAGUAGUGGAAAGCUUGCAGACAUGCAUCACUCAGUUAUGUUCGCUUAUGUCAUGGACAUGAGCGAACAUAACUGACUGUCCAUAGCUGACAUGUCCAUGACAUCACGGCAGAGGUGAAAUCUCAGGAUCGUCUUUUUUCAGCUAUUAUGCUUUGGUGUGUGGAGAGCAGAUGCAGUGAAAUUUUGUAGGUGGAGCUUGUACUUAAUUUGGUUGUCAUUAAGUUGCAUGUGCUCUAGUACCUCACCUUGCCUUCAGUAAAUUGCUGAGUAAUUAUCGUCAUAAUCAUAUCUCCUGAUAUUGUUUUUCUGUAGGUUACAUAACUCUGUAGAAUAUCUUUAUAUCAAUAGGUGCCUGCUGACUUACCAAUCUACUCAAUUUUUCUUGCGGUCAUGUAUGUGUUGACAGAGUGCAAAAAAAGGACAAACGACAAAGAUGAAAAAGGCGUGUAGGACAGGAAUGGCACUGAACUUCUGACUAGCGUGUAUUUGAAACAAACAAUAAUCUAUGUUCUGCACAUCAGCUGCAUGCACACGCAUCAUCAUACAAAAGAUUGCACAAGUCAUCUGCUCAAACAUGAGAUUAUGCAAUCAAUCCAUUGAUGUGUCAGUAUGCCUCGGAAGGAAUCCCACUUCUUUUCUUGUCCGUCUUUGGCGUUACAAGAAAAAGAAGUGGCAUUUCUUUCGAGGCAUAUUGACACGUGAAUGGAUUGCGUAAUCUCACGUUUGAGCAGGUGACAUGCAAUCUUUUGUAUGAAGAUGUGUGCACAUGUACCUAAUAUGCAGAGCAUAAAUGAUUGUUUAUUUCAAAUAAAUGCUAGUCAGAAGUUCAGUGCCAUUCCUGUCGUACGGGGUUUCUUUCGUGUUCACUGUUUGUGUUUUUAUGUACCCUGUAAAGAUGAACCAAUUCGCUUAAAUCAAGGUAUUAUAUGUGUUUGUUGAAUGAUGGUGGCGUGUUGAAAAGUACUUCCGUGAUAAAAUCAUGAGUGCAUCUCUAAUGUGUCUGCUAUGUAAUAUAGGAAGUGUAUACACAUGUAAAUUUCUGAAUGUAUUCGCAAAGCAUUUGUUGAGUGAGCUUUUACCCAUUCGAUGUCAUUUAAGCGCCUACUAGGGAGCGCCUACCACUUCUGAGAGCCACCAAUGAGACAAAAGCAUAUUAAAGGACCGAUUGUGGACAACACUUAAUUGCAUAAGAUGCAGUGCAAGUACUUUACAUAUACUUGAGAGCAGCAUGUUCACAUGGAAUAAAGAUGUAGUUGAACAGUAGUGAAAAGCUGUUGUGACAAA